AUUUGUUUCCUUUUUGAUUGUGGACAGUUCUGUUCAGUUUAUUUUAAAUGCGGUCACAAAUAUCAACAGUAUUACUUUUUCCGUAAUUUGCCCUUUAAAUGGGUGUACAGCUACACAAGCUCAGAUGAGUCAGGUGCAAACAGUUUAAGGACAUAGCCCAAAUGUCAUGACUACAAAAGCAAAACAACAACUCCCAGAAUUCUCCCAAGACUGUCUCGAUCGAUGUCCCAUCAUGUGUCAAAACUACAGCAAGCACGUGACGUUGCUUUGCGACCGUAAACAGGAUGGAAACGACGUCAGCAGCGUUUCAGAACCCGAUCUUAGUACACAAACCGUAAGGUUGUAACAGGAGUGCCGCGGUCCACAUGUGAAGCGUCAACAGCUUCUCUAAGUGGCAGUUGGCCCGAAUUGCUGACUACACAAGCCUUGUUGCUUGCGCAACAUGUUACUGUAAUAUAUACAUAUAGUAUAGCAAGUGGAAAUGGAUAUCGACCCCGAUAGACCUUACUUCUUUGAAGAUAUAGUUGAACCAGAAAAUCUUCUCGUUGGAAUUUCGAGACUCUUUUCUAAGAAGCUGACCAAGAAGCAACGCAUCUUGUUGCACAUAAGAUGCUGGUCUGAGAGGACAGAGGUGCACAAUGCUGCUGCACUGGGCCAUGUCUCGAAGCUAGAGGAGCUGAUACAGAGCGGAGCGUCCGUCAACACUGCCACUGUGGACUCCAUCACCCCACUGCACGAGGCCUGCAUUCAGGGGCAAACCCAGUGCGCCAGGCUGCUGCUGGACGCUGGCGCACAGGUGGACGUUCGAUCCGUCCAUGGGAGCACCCCGCUCUGUAAUGCCUGUGCCGCGGGGAGCCCAGAGUGCGCUAAACUCCUGCUGGAGCACGGAGCCACAGCCAACCCCACCCUCACCGCCCUCACAGCCACGCCCCUGCACGAGGCCUGCAUACGAGGUAAUGUAGACUGUGUGAAGCUCAUGAUCGCAGAGGGAGCCCAGCUGGAAGCAUUCGACAUCUACUUCGGAACCCCGCUGCAUGCGGCAUGCAUCAAAGAACACGUCGACUGUGCCAAGGCACUGCUGAUCGCAGGUGCCAAUGUGAAUGGUGCCAAGUUCCACGAGACGGCGCUCCACUGCGCGGCCAAAGUGAGGAACGUGGAUCUGAUCGAGCUGCUGGUGGAGUUCGGGGGGAACGUUUACGCCAGAGACAACCUCGGCAGGAAGCCCAUCGACUACACCAGGCCCGGCUCCCCUCCCGCUCUCUGCCUGCAGUUUUACGAAUGUACACCUCUGAGCUUGCAGCAUCUGAGCAGAGUCGCUCUGAGGGUGGCGUUGGGUACGAGAGCGCUGGAGGUUGUGUCCAAACUCAACGUAUCACCGCGCAUCAUCAGCUACCUCACCUACAGCAGUUAAUCACACAUCUCUCUCCUGCCUGAGCUGUCUUAGGAAGAACAUCUCUUCGGACUGCAGAGUCCUGGACACAUACAUGCUACAGAACUUUCUAGUGUCAGAGACUGUCUGAAUCCUGCCAUUACAGAACAAUCACUUCGUUCACCAGUGAUGUCAUGCACAUCAAAUACUGUAGUGUGAAUGUGUGAUUGUGGAAUUAAGCUUUUUUUUUUUUUUUAGAGUUCUAGAAACUGAAAAGAAAUUGAAGAGAAAAUCUGUCUCUUCUGUUCUUGUCUGUCAAAGCACCCAUUUGUUUCC